AUGUGCCAGGUUAAGCUAAUGAGAGAAAUUCGUUCAGGUCUCAUAUCGAUGGAUUAUUUGGAAGAGAAGAAAUCUUUAAAUCAUACUUCUCCUACAGCGAAGGGAAAAUCAAACCCAUUAUUGGAUUUGACUCCUCCCACUUCUCCCUCCACCAUAUCUUCAAGUGUUUUCUCGACAGCAACUUUAUCAAGAGGGAAUUCAUGUUGUUCAGGAACAAUUGGAAAAUUUGAUACCUUCACCCAAAUUCAAGAUUGUGAAUUGUUGUCCAUACAAAGAAUCCAGGCGAGAUGGCAAUACACUUUGAAAUAUAAAAUGGCUGGUACUGAAAACACUCAAAAUAAGUAUUAUCAAGAUUUUUAUUCUUUACAUUGUAAACUAAUAGCGCUGGAUGCUAAUAAUUUGCCUAAUUUACCCUCACCUAUUGACCCCAUUAAGAGCGUACUGAAAGAUGCACUGAAUAUGGACACAAGGAAGUUCGACUUUAAUUGUUAUCUGAAAGGGAUCAUUGCGUCCACAAAUUCAUCUCGUAAACUAAAAAAAAAUUUCUACAAUUGGAUGACAACUGGGAGCUUCGAAUCAGAAAUUAAGGAAGUCCAGAUGAUCCCCUUGAAAUUGAAAAUUUUAUUUAGGGGUGAUUACUAUGCAAUCAAAUGUUUUGAAACUGACAUAAAUACUUUAAAUGAUUUACAGCAUUUGGUCUGUGAAAGGCUGAAAGUACACAAUGAGUCCGUUGAAUCAAAUGCGUUGAGAUUAACAGCGAAACUGGAAGGUUGGUAUAUUGUAGAACUAGCAAACGAAGACGUUUAUCAAAACGUCUUAUCAAAAGUUAGAGUGGCACAACGAUUAGUUUUGGAGGUUUCAAUAUGA